GGCCGUUGUCAAAGAGCUCCGGCAUUCAUUUGUUGAUGCUGGAGGAAUGAGGAUGGAAGGACAUCUGUGGAGCUUCCUACUUGUGGGCGCAUUCAUAGGUUUGAGAGCGAAGGCGGAUGUAUCUCUAGAUCUGACAUCUGUCGGUAACCCGGCCUCGGACAUCUACAUAGGGGAGACCAGAACACUUAGAGUGGUUGCAACGUUUGACGCGGAUAAAGUCUAUCACGGUGUUCGAAUUGAACUUCUGCCGUCAACCUCAAGCUUGGUGUUUGCUUUGAGUGAAGUGAUCAGUGCCACUAACACGGGCUGCACCAACAUUUCAAAUCCAAGUACCAAGGCCGAUAUCGUGUCUCACAUGUUCAGUGACACAGCGAGUGAAUACGAUCGAACAAAGGACAUCGUGGCCUAUAAGAGCCGGGCUGAACUCGAUCUUGGUACCGUCAAAUCCGGAAGUGGAUCUUGCGCUUACACAAUAGAAUACCAGAUUGAACACGUGUCGCUCGGGAAUCAAAAUGUCGGGGCAAUAUAUUGGACAAGCGUUGGCAUGGAGUACACGGACGCUGGUUUGAACUACAUUUGGGCCAGUCAGGUGGACAGCGUCCUGAAGGAUGUCAAACCUUCGCCUAAUCUUAGCUACAACUACAGCGUGAAGCCUGUUUGUGGCCCGGAUGCAGUUUUUCAUCCCGGCUCGGUGGAAUACUUUGACAUUGAGAUCACCACUGAUCGGGGCAAGGUCGCUGGUCCGAUGAUCAUUGAAGUACCCAUACCAGAUAACCCGACAGAGCCAUUGCUGACGUUCGUUAAUGCAAAGGUGGUCUCCAAAGGGAAAAACGUCGUCUGCACGGCUCUUGGGAAUGUGUCAACAAAACUUUCAGACUGGGUUUCCGGCUCAAAUGAAUCCGACCGGGUAGUUAUGAAUCUUCCGAUGGUGUGUAAUGUACAAGACAAAGACUCCGUCGACGAAGACAAAUUCACUGUUCGCAUUGGUGUGCGUAUCAAAGAUCUACCGGCUGUCUUAGACGGAAACAUGACUCAAGUGAAUUUCAGUCUUGGUCUCACGGUCAGUGACCAGAUCUGGGUGUUCACAACAACGGCCAAUGUCAUCAAUGCAAUGCAUCAGCUUACACCGGCCUCGCCCGCUUUUGUGAAAGGAAUUGUGAUUCCAAACAACGAGGUGCCAGCUACGUGGCCGACUGGCUUUGACCUGGAAUGGAGCCUAGAUAAUCGGAAGUUCUACCCAAGCGAGAGUUCGUGGUUUCAACAAUCAGCUAGUACAAAACUCUUCACGUUUCAGUGGCUUCAACAAUCAGUUCGUUCCGACUGGGAUCUUGAAGAAGGGCUUAUGGGAUACUGGUUUCGACUUGUAAGCAAAGAUGGAGGCUGUUUGCCUGCAAGCUAUCAACUGAAGUCUGAAAGGUGGCUCCCGUAAAGUCGGUAAACGCAAACAUCUAUGAAGGAAGGCGACCUCUGUAAGAUCAGCACUCAGCAAUCAGUCAGAACGCAGUACAAAUGUGUCCACAAAUGCGAUUGCCACGACCUAAUUUCUUGUAACAUCUUCAGGACCAUUCCCUAAGUUGAACGUCAAACGACACCACUAUCGUCACAAUGGAAGCGAAAAUAGAACUUUAUUUCAAUAGCCCAAUGCAUUAAACUGAAAUAUAGAACAAAAAUGGUGAAACAAACAUAAUCUACCCGUCACUACUUGAACUUUCUUGCACUUAAUAAACAGAUGUAGCUCUAUUGGUUUGCUGAUAUGGGAUUCCGAACACAAUUUCUGCACGGUGUAUUUUUAGAUUAUUCUAAUGCACCCAUAUAUGGAAUUUUGUCAAAUGUAUUGUUUGCAUUUUUACUAUUUUACAAACAUGACGUUCCGUACAACUAACAUUGCAAUUCUUCUUCGACGUCUGGCUCGAUUGUCUACAAACUGCCCAUAACUGCCCAUAUAUGUCAUAAGUUGCCCUCACAAUAAUGAUUUCAUUUUUUAAAGUUUGUAUUAUUGUUUUAAUAUAUUUAUUCACGAUGGUGUUAUAAUUGGAAAUCACAAUGUAAAAGGCCAAUAUCACAGGGGUUUGUAAUAAAUUAAAUAGGAACAACUGUCAUUUUAAGUAGUGGUAUUAUCAAUAGAAACAUAUAUUUAAAAGAAUUUGUAUUACUGUAAAACCACCAGCACAACAUAUGGCACCGAAUUCUCAAAUUAUUCGAAAAAUAAUGAUGCUGGCGCAAUUACAAUAUCUUUAACCAUUAAAAAUUAAUCUUCUUUCACAGGCUGUUCCAGCAAAUUGAUAUUACCAAGUAUUGAAUUUUUUUUCGAAUGCUGAUGUAAAGCGUCGACAUAAAUUAUGCAUACCUGUUUAAUAAACAUCUCUUGUUAAACUAUGGUCAUUAUUAAAUUUCACUCUGCUUUUCUUUGAAUUUGAAGCUUAGAUUAUAAUACAAUUUGUGUUGCUGUAGAGUUUGAAAUUACGUUUGAAAUACAUUUUGUGUUGGAA